UCCGUUAACGGUCGCGGCAUGGCGGGCUGGGGGCUGCUGGGCCGGCUGGGGCGCCGGCUGUGGGCGGCGGCGCCGGGGAGGCCGCUGCUGGCGGCGGCGGGGGCUCCCAGCGACAGGGGGCAGCUGGGCGUUGUAGUCAGGCAUGUUAACAAUACGACGUGGUGGCAUGAGCAUCUUUCUGAAGAGAAUGUCGAGUUCCUCAAGAAGAUAACUGCGGAGGAAUACAAGGCUCAGACAGCAAGCAAGCUCUGCCCUCUGAAAGAUGAGCCAUGGCCACUGAAUGAGUGGAAACCAGAUUCCAUCAGAGUUGGUGUUGUUGCAGUGAAACUGGGAAUGAUGCCAAUAUGGACCAAGUCAGGAACAAAACAUGCUGUCACGCUACUUAAGGUGCAAGACUGCCAUGUUUUAAGAUACAUUUCAAAGGAAGAGUCGGGUGCAAAAACAUCUAAGCUACUUGUUGGAGGCAAAAACGCAUCUCCUUUUUUUAAAUCAGAGUCUGCAAUGGAAAUUUUUAAAGAGGCUGGAGUACCACGGAAGCAGAAAGUUUCAAUGUUUAACGUAACAGAUGAUGCCAUAAUUAAACCAGGUACCCCUUUGUAUGCUGCGCACUUCCGCCCAGGACAGUUUGUGGAUGUUACUGCAAAAACAAUUGGUAAAGGAUUUCAAGGUGUCAUGAAAAGGUGGGGAUUUAAAGGUCAGCCUGCAAGCCAUGGCCAGACGAAAACUCACAGACGUCCUGGAGCAAUUUCUACCAAUAAAGCUGCCAAAGUUUAUCGGGGAAAGAAAAUGCCUGGUAAAAUGGGUAACAUCUAUAGGACAUCUUUUGGAUUAAAGGUGUGGAGGAUCAACACAAAACAUAACAUUAUUUAUGUAAAUGGGUCUGUUCCAGGUCACACAAAUUGUCUGGUGAAGGUCAAAGAUAGCAAAUUGCCUACAUACAAGGACUGCAAUAAAAACCCUCCAUUCCCUACAUUUUUUGCUGAUGGAGAUGAAAAACUGCCAGAAGACUUGUAUGAUGAGGAGAUUUUCCAGUUCACGGAUCCAUCUGUCACAUACACAUAAUGUUCUUCACGUCUUUGAAAAAACACAGUUUUGUUAUUUUCACGAACUUUGCAAUGUUGUAUAAGAGUAACCUAUGAAUUGCAGUCUGGCCAACUGACUUGAACACUUCAGAUGUUGUCAUUUUGGUCAUGUAAUAAGAUUUACCACUGUCAAUUUCAAACUUAUAUUUAAAGCAGCAGGUGAGUCUGAGGGGCAUGUUGUAAAGGAUACCAAACAGUUUGUCUACAGAGAUCUUUUGUCCUCUGUCACAGGCUGUGAAAAGUUACAGAUUGCUGAAAAACUGUUGUUUUGAAGAUGGUUCCAUUUAAUUUUUUGAAAGCUACCAAACUUUGUUUCUCUUUUGUAGAAAGUACGCUCGCCAACUCUGAUAAUCAAAAAAACUUUCAAAUCUGCUUUGGCAUCUGGGGGGGUGGAUAAAUCAGAUUCGAGUCCAACUUCAUGAAGAGUAAUCCAAAAUAAAACAGGAAAAGGCAUUGCUUUGUAGCAGCAUUACUUGGUUUUGUUCCCUUCUUUUCACCAGAGCUCUUUUUCUCCUUUUCCUUUGAUGUUGUUUUGAGUUUAAUGGUAACCAGCAAAUUUUCUAGAGGAAAGAUGAUGCCAACCGCUGUCUGUCUCUUCAGAGAGCUCUGGCAGUGAGGGUGGGAAAUGUUCAGUAACAAAGCAGCACGAAGACUGCAGUGGCCACCUGUUUGUCACCUUCGCUGUCAGCUUGUUCUGAACUUCACCGAGGAUCCCUUGCAAGCUCUCUGAAGAAAUAUCUCCAUACCUACAGUUGUCUCUGUAUUGCAUUCCUAUGCUGUUACAGGAGAACUAUUGUAAAGAAAACAGGUCAAAUGUGAAGGAUUUGUCUUUAUGUUGAUGCUUACUUUUCUUCUACCCCACCUUUCAAUAAUAGCUGGAAUCAAUACACUCCUUUUAUUUUUCAUCUUAUGCAA